AUGCCGGCUGAGCCCGGGCCCGAGGCGGGCAGCGGCUGGCCGGGCCUCCUCAUGUCCUGCCUGAAGGGCCCCCACGUCAUCCUCAAGAUGGAGGCCAUGAAGAUCGUGCACCCCGAGAAGUUUCCGGAGCUGCAGGCGGCCGCCCCCUGCUUCCCCCCCGCACCCCGGCCCACCCCUGCCCUGGCACCCAAGCGCGCCUGGCCCUCAGACACAGAGAUCAUUGUCAACCAGGCCUGUGGUGGGGACAUGCCCGUCUUGGAAGGGGCGCCCCACACCCCGCCCCUGCCCCGCCGGCCACGCAAGGGCAGUGCAGAACUGGGUUUCCCCCGUGUGGUCCCGGCCGACGAGGUCAUCGUAAACCAGUACGUGAUGCGGCCUGGCCCACCGGCGCCGGCCCCCUCGGCGGCGGGCGAGCCCCUGGAGUGCCCCACUUGCGGGCACACAUACAACGCCACGCAGCGGCGGCCCCGCGUGCUGUCCUGUUUGCACUCCGUGUGCGAGCAGUGCCUGCAGAUCCUCUACGAAUCCUGCCCCAAGUACAAGUUCAUCUCCUGCCCCACCUGCCACCGCGAGACCGUGCUCUUCACGGACUACGGCUUGGCCGCGCUGGCCAUCAACACAUCUAUCCUGAGCCGCCUGCCCCCCGAGGCACUGACCGCCCCGCCCAGUGGCCAGUGGGGCGGGGAGCCUGAGGGCAGCUGCUACCAGACCUUCCGGCAGUACUGUGGGGCCGCGUGCACCUGCCACGUGCGGAACCCCCUCUCCGCCUGCUCCAUCAUGUAG